AGUACACAACAUACACUGUUAUGAAUUAAUUUUAUUUAAAAUUAAAAUUUUUAAAUUUAUAUGUUGUCCUGACUCCAGAGUAUUAGCGACCCAACGUUUUGUCUUGUUACAAGACUUGUAUGUGUAAAAUUAAUUUGGUUGAACACUAUAACGCAUUUUUUAAUUACAUUAUUUCAUUUCUUCAGUACUUUAUAUUAAUUCACAGUUUAGUGUAUUUAAUUUGUAUUUAUAUGCCACCGAUUUCAUUAGAAUCAUAGUAGUAGUUGGACCUCGUCGUGGUCAGUAAUAAUUAUUAGGUAAGAUAAUAGUAACCGUUCAAACAAUAGUUACAGUUUCAAGACUAAUCAAAUCUACAAUUAGAUUUGUCAUCAACUUUCAAUAUGAAUUUAGAAUUGCUUGAAUCUUUUGGACAAAAUUAUCCUGAGGAAUUUGAUGGAGUUCUUGAUAGCAUAUCAUUAGCCGUGACAUGUGUGUUUAAUAAAUAUGGCACACUAUUGGCAGUUGGAUGCAAUGAUGGCCGUAUAGUAAUUUGGGAUUUCUUAACUAGAGGAAUUGCAAAAAUUAUCACAGCUCACAUGCAUCCUGUCUGUUCCUUAAGUUGGUCAAGGAAUGGACAUAAGUUAUUAAGUGCAUCAACUGAUAAUAAUGUCUGCACUUGGGACAUAUUAAGCGGUGAGAGAGAAGAAAUGUAUAAAUUUCCAUCACCUGUGUUAAAAGUCCAAUACCACCCUAGAAAGAAAAAUUUAUUCCUUGUUUGUCCAAUGAAACACGCAGCUGUGCUCGUAGACACUGAUGGAAACCAUAAAUUAGUUCCAAUGGGCGAAGAUUCUGAUCUGAUGAUAGUUGCUUCGUUUGAUCGCCGCGGAGAGUAUAUAUAUACAGGAAAUGCUCGUGGUAAAAUAUUGGUUUUGACUUGUCCUGAUCUUGAACUUAAAGUCUCGUUUAAAGUAUCUACUGGAAUGACUGGUAUAAAAAGUAUUGAAUUUGCACGAAGAGGAGAUUGCUUUUUACUCAAUUGUUCAGAUCGUGUCAUCAGAGUAUAUGAUGCUAAACAUGUUUUGGAUAAAGGAAAGGAGGGAGAACCAGAACCCAUUCAAAAACUCCAAGAUUUAGUUAACAAAACAAUGUGGAAGAAAUGUUGUUUUUCUGGUGAUGGUGAAUAUGUUUGUGCAGGUUCGGCUAGACAACACGCAUUAUACAUUUGGGAAAAGAGUAUUGGAAAUUUAGUGAAAAUAUUGCAUGGAACCAAGGGAGAACUUCUUUUGGAUGUUGUUUGGCAUCCAGUUCGAGCAAUAAUAACUAGUAUWUCUAGUGGAUUUGUUUCUGUAUGGGCACAAAAUCAAGUAGAAAAUUGGUCAGCAUUUGCACCCGACUUUAAAGAGCUUGAUGAAAAUGUUGAGUAUGAUGAGAGAGAGUCUGAAUUUGACUUAGAAGAUGAAGACAAAUCAAUUACAAAAGACAUACAACGAUGUGAUGAAGAUUUCGAGGUUGAUGUGGAAAGUGCCGAACCUGUAGCAGCAUUUUGUAGUUCAGACGAAGAAGGAGCCAUCGAAGACCAUAAGGAAGCUCUCAUGUUUUUACCAAUUGCUCCAGAAAUUGAAGAUCCUGAACCAGAUAUGCCACCACCUCCAGUUUCAACGUCUACUUCAUCUAAAUGUCGUACUAUUGAUAUUCAUUUAGAUAAUGCUACUGAUGGUUAG